AUGGCCGUGUCGUCAGUGAAAGAGAAUCGAUCAUGGAGCGCGCGUCAUGCUCGAAUAAAUUCUGCACUGCAUUCAUCAGAGCUUAUAGUAGCUAUAUCACCGUUGGCCGCAUUUACGACGCAGCAUGCGGCCUUUGUACGCGUUCUGUUGUCUCAGCUGCGGCACCAUCUUCGCGAGGAGAGCCAAAUGGGGCAUGAGGUGGACUGUGCACUAGCCCUCCUAUGGAGCAGUCUGACGCCCGCGCGCUCGACAUCGCUGUCGCCUGUGAAUACGUCGACUAUCAUGUCGAUCGAACGUACUCGAGAACGAGCUCGUACCCAUCUGGAUGAUGUGCUGCGUGCGUCUCUGCAGCCCAACGACUUUUCAUCCCAAUGUACAUUGCAGCACGGUGCUACCGGUAUGGUAGAGGUCGUUCGCUGUCGUAUGGACCGCAAGCUCUACGUUCUAAAGUCGAUGCUCAAGGGUGUGGUCCGACGUGAAGCGUGCCGCUUUUCGCCCGUAUACGAAAGCCAGCUUCUUGCUGAAGGGUACGAUUCUGGUGAUGUAUCCUGGACACCGCAGUUGCAUGCUGCUUUCCAGAGUCCACGGUCGCUGCAUCUCUUAAUGGAAUACUUGCCAGCAGGUGACCUUGACUCGCUACUGCAGGCUGCAUCACAGGCUGAAACGAGAUACCCUGGCAAAAAUGAGCGCGGACUACUGCAAGAGUCAUGGGUGGUGAGAUACGCUGUGGACAUGAUAGCAGCGCUUGGUUGGCUGCAUUCACUUUGCUUUGUGCACCGCGAUAUAAAGCCCUCCAACUUUCUGUUGGAUAAAAGCGGCCGGCUGAAGCUGUGUGAUUUUGCGACAUGUGCACCCUAUGCCUACUUCGACGAACUGAAGGAGCGCCGCGUACUUGCUUAUUAUACUCAGCGACCCGCAGGUACGUGCGAUUACAUUGCACCUGAAAUAUUACAGUGUGAAGAGGCGCGCAUUCAACAAGAAUGUGUAUCACCACCGCUUCACACACGCUCCUCUUUUCAGCCGGAUUCACGUGUUCCUGGCGCCUAUGGACCGGCCGUCGAUUGGUGGAGUCUGGGCGUCGUGUUGUAUGAAAUGACGUUUGGGAAAUUGCCGUUCUGGGCUCCGCAGGCUGCCGACGUGUAUGAACGCAUCGUUCAUCACGAGCAGCACUUUACAAUAAAAGAUACAGAUCUUCCGUGCUCGGAAGCACUCGCCUCUCUCAUACGCUUGCUCAUUUGCCCGGAGAAUCGACGCUUGGGACGGCACAGCACCUCCGAUGUGCAGCGGCACCACGUAUUUCACGACGUGCCUUGGGAGAAUGUGACAGAGAUCCCUCCUCCCUUCGUGCCCGAUUUGAGGAAUGGCACGAAUGAGCAUGUCAGUGUGCUACACAGCCCCAACGGUGUGGCGUCUGGAAAUGUGGGAUGGGAUUCGCUGUCGAUGGAUACCCCACCGAGUUUUUCGGCCAUGUUCCAAGGCCCCUUGGACCAAUUUCCAGAAUUUGAUUCGCUCGACACAGACCCCGUCGACGUGUCUUGGGGUAUGGAUCUGUGUAUACCUCCCAGCAUAUCUCCAGCACCGCCGACACCACCAACCGCAUCGUCUCCCGUGCCAUCUAACCCCAGUGAGCCGCCACCGUCGCCAUUGAGCUCCUCAGCUUGUGCUGAGAUCGAUACUCAUUUUUGCGCCUUUAGUUAUGUGCCACGUUCAGAUGCUUUUGAAGUUCCUACGCCACCCAGGUGCACGUCCGAGUCACCGCCUCCUGCGACAUCCACGCCAUUUUUGAGCAAAACAACAUCAUUCGCAUCCAGCACGCCCGUCACACCAGCCAUUGCGACAUUUUCGCCUGACGGGCCGCCGCUCUCUACUCUUCAGCGGACAGCUCUUGAGCGUGCCUACAUGACACGACAGGACAUGCACACGCCAUUUCGACCCUCCCCAUCGAUGGUAGCAACAGCGUCGUCGUCAGAAGGCGCCGCACCCAAUUCCCCCUACCCCUUCCCGCCGCCAAACCGAAUGCAACGCACACCCCGAACACCAGUUGUUCCCGGUGUCGCAAACUUCAUGCCUGAUACCAUGGGCUCCGACUCCCGGCAUUCGGGAGGUAGUACAUGGAAACGCAGUGUAUCUGAGCGCCAAGCGUGGUCCGAGCUAAUGCGCGCUGUCGAGCGCAGUGCUCGCAAGCAAAGUGUGCCACGGCACGCACCGCUUCGAUACGCUAUUGACGAACAGUCGCCCUCACCUCCCUCAUCACCACAGUCGCCGUCUCACAAUCGUUUGCCGAAUGCAUUAGAUGCACAUAUAUCAUCAUCGCCCGACUCGAAUGUCUCAUCAUCGCCGCCGCCAUCACCACCCCUGCUACGCUCGCGAAGCUCAUACAGAGAUAUACGACCCACGAACGAUGCCAACAACAGCGUACAUCGCUCUGGUAAUGGCGAACUGCGACACAAGAGAAGUACGCGACAACUGCUUCUUGACGCACAGGUCACGUCGACACCCACCCGCGCCGCACGCACCAUGCCACUCGUUCCUGUCACCGUUACUUCUCACGCAAAAGGUGAUGCACCUGCUGGAUCUUCUCCUCGUGGACGCACGCUUCGCACACUACGUGGAAGUGCCUCGGUGCGUGAUUUCCGAACCGAGUACAUGCGAUUAGAAGAAGACAAUUUCGUGCUGCCGACACUUUCGGCACCGGUGUCGGCCAGUGCGGCUGCCGCACCUCCAUCUACGCGCUCAUCAAUGGACAGUCAUCGCACGUUAUCUGAGUACCGCCGCGCACCCCGUCCGCUAAACGAGUCCGAGGAUGCUUUUGGCCGUCGCACGUCGCUAUCGAAGCAACGAAAUAUAGCACGCCGCAUGCAAUCGACACUCGGAUUAAGUGGGCUGUAUCGGUACGGUCGACCCACUAUGGUAAAUGUGCUCGAGCAGACGACAUCUUCACCGAUCAUGUCGUCGCCACCGCGAUCCUUUUCGGGACGAGAGACCUUUGCCCGCAUGCGACAGGAACAGUCACACAUUGAACAAAGUGUAUCGGUUUUGGAAAAAGAUCUGGACGAUUUGCGUACUCGUGUGGAUAAAAUGCCUCUAUGA